UUCAACAUGAUUCUUAAAAUUCAUUUGACACACUACGUAAUAGUGGUGGUGUUUUUGUCCCGUGCCUGAUAUGGUGUACCAAUCGGACUGAGAGAAUUUCCGCUUCACUUUAACUCUCUGUGACAGCAGGGUUAAGCUCUAUCUACUUUUUAAUCAAGAAGUCAAUAGCACUUUUCAAAUCAUCCUCCACAUCUCGACGCGUCACGCUCCGACAGCAAUGUGCGCGCACCUGUCAAGAUGUUCAAACAUAAACAGAGAAAUUGAAACAAAUGCAACACUAGUAAAACAUUUCUCAGGUAUUAAGACAAUUUUUGAAAUGCUGUGCUGAAAUUAUAGAGGGAAUUCUUAUGAUUGGUGCCGAUAAUAAUUUUCACUGAUAUGAUAUGAGGAACGGCUUGUGAAAAAAUAAAUCAUGGGUACGGACAAUGCUGAAUUUUGGGAGCGAUGACCACAAAAAGAACUCUUAACAUCACUUUUUAAUAAGACUUAUUCUUAAUGUCAACCUCCCUGAUUGGCUAUGACGUUUUCUGAGAGCACCAUGGACUACCUGAUCAGUUUGUGUGAAGAGCUCUAUAAUGCCACCUGCAGCGACUCUCAGCUACGACAUCUUAUCCGGGCACUUCAUGCCAUCAAGUACAACACAACUGGUGCAGGGCCUCCUUUUGAUAUUUGGCGGUUUCUUGAACUGUACAUGUACCCGCGGCGGGAUAGUCUUGCUGUCGUUAUACCAAUCACAAUCAUCUACAGCAUUCUCCUCGUUACCGGUGUCCUUGGCAACCUUUGCACGUGCGUUGUUAUCGCUAGAAACAAGUUCAUGCACACAGCCACGAACUUUUACUUGUUUAACCUUGCCAUAGCUGACCUUUUAUUGCUAGUGAUUGGUCUUCCCCCUGAUUUAUAUUCCGUCUGGUCGCUCUACCCUUGGGUGUUUGGAGAAACAUUGUGUGUCAUGCGCGCGUUUGUCUGUGAAAUAUCCACUAAUACGUCCAUUCUCACCAUCACAGCUUUCACCAUUGAGCGGUAUGUCGCUAUUUGCUUCCCGAUGAAGGCUCAGAAGAUGUCCAGCCUUGCGCGUGCAGCCAGAGUGAUUGUCUGCGUUUGGAUAGUAGCGGUGUGUACCGCCAUUCCAAUCGCCAACCAAUAUGGCGUGGUGAAAAUGAAGGACCCCAGGAAUAGGACGAUCGACGAGUCGGCGAUGUGCACGUAUAAACACGCACCCAUCACAGGCUGGUUCCUCGCCUCUACCUGCUUGUUUUUCAUCGUCCCGAUGAUUUUUAUCAGCGUCCUGUACAGCUUGAUUGCUGCUGCCAUACAUCGAUCUACCAUUGACGCCCCUAAGAUACAUAGAUCCUCCUCUGAUGCCUCAAAAACGUCAAAAGAACAAGUAACCUGUUUACGAGAUAGCAAGGGGCGUCCUGACGCCAACGUACAGCUACAGGCACGGGCCAGACGCUCUGUCCUUAAAAUGCUUGUGGCAGUAGUUGUGGCCUUCUUUGUCUGUUGGGCACCAUUUCACGCCGAGCGGAUGAUGUCGGUUUCUAUCAGUGUAUGGACCGCUCCACUUCUUCGGAUCUACAGAACUCUAUUUUAUGUGUCAGGAAUUUUCUAUUUUAUAAACUGCACCGUCAAUCCGGUUCUCUACAGCGUCAUGUCUUUCAAAUUCAGACAAGGUUUGCGAGAAACCAUCCUUAAAUCAAAGUGUUGUCGAAGACCAAUAAAGUUAAGAAAGAAACUCCCGUUCUCCAAAUUGUUACCAGCCAACAGCCACACAGAAACGGCAUACACUUCAAUGCCGCCUCGUUUUAAUAACACGACGGGGCGGAAGUUACAAGAGCACGAGCUCAUUCCCCAAAACGAGGCUCAAACCUCCGGAAGUCAUAGUCCAGCACCAUCGAUAAGUGGAAGUAGUCUGAAAUCGACUGACGGAAUGAGUCAAGAGGAAGACUUACAACAGGUGCUUUUACAGAUUAACGUUAUCGAGAGACAGUUUAAAAACGAGAUCAGUCUUAACUCGGCAGGAAAAUCUUGUACUGUAGAGGGUCUAAUGGAGGUUCAGUUCUGAAGUUUCUUUUUGGGACGGAGUGGAAAACAUUUAUGAACAGUUUCCAGUGUUUUUCUGUCUAUUUUUUUCCUUACAAUGACCUUGCUUUGUAAUAUUGUUGGAAUAAAAUGUCUUGUUUGUUGUUAC